AUGUCUCUGUCUUCCAUGGCUCUUCCCUUCAACCUCGUACACUCCUACCUCGUCCUCUUCUUGUCGUGUUUUCUGCUUGCCACCGCAGACCAAAACAGCGAGAAGCUUUACCUCCUUUCCUUCAAAGAGGGUCUCCAAAACCCUCACGUGCUCCCCUCGUGGCACCCCGCCACCCCGCACUGCAACUGGGUCGGUGUCACGUGCCAACUCGGCCGAGUCACCUCGCUCUCUCUUCCCAACCGGAACCUCAGAGGAGCACUCUCUCCCUCGCUCUUCUCUCUUUCUUUGCUUUCUCUUCUCAACCUACGCGAAAACCAGCUCUCCGGUGAGAUUCCCGGCGAGCUCGGUGGGUUGCUUCAGCUUGAAACUCUCCGACUCAGCUCCAACUCGUUUUCAGGGAAUGUCCCGCCGGAGGUGGGGCUCUUAACGAGGCUACGCACUCUCGACCUCGCCGGGAAUUCGCUCGCCGGAGAAGUGCCUGAGAGUGUUGGGAACUUGACCCGGCUUGAGUUUCUCGACCUCAGCAACAAUUUUUUAUCUGGUUCCCUUCCGCUUAGUCUCUUCGCUAGAGCGAGGUCUUUGAUUUCCGUUGAUAUCUCGAACAACUCGUUUUCCGGCGUAAUACCGCCGGAAAUUGGGAACUGGCGGAACAUUAGUGCUCUUUACGUGGGGAUUAACAAAUUGUCUGGGACUUUGCCCAGGGAGAUUGGGUUGCUUUCAAAACUUGAAAUUUUCUACUCUCCUUCCUGUUUCAUCGAAGGUCCUUUGCCUGAGGAAAUGGCGAAGCUGAAAGCGUUGACCAAGCUUGACCUUUCUUACAACCCCUUGAGAUGUUCGAUUCCCAAGUUCAUUGGGGAGUUGGAGAGUUUAAAAAUUUUGGACCUUGUGUUUGCCCAGCUUAAUGGGUCGGUGCCAGUCGAGCUUGGGAACUGUAAGAAUUUGACGUCUGUGAUGCUUUCUUUCAAUUCACUCUCUGGGUCUCUGCCUCAGGAGCUUUCUGAGCUUCCCAUGUUAACCUUUUCUGCUGAGAAGAAUCAGCUUCAUGGGCCUUUGCCUUCUUGGCUGGGUAGGUGGAGCAAUAUUGAUUCUCUUUUGCUCUCUGCUAACCGUUUUUCUGGGGUGAUUCCUCCUGAGCUUGGGAAUUGUUCAUUGAUGGAGCAUCUCAGUUUGAGCAGUAAUUUACUGACAGGUCCUAUUCCUGAGGAGCUUUGUAAUGCUGCCUCACUUUUGGAGGUUGAUCUUGAUGACAAUUUUCUCUCUGGUACUAUUGAGAGAGUGUUUGUCAAGUGUAAGAACCUUACCCAGUUGGUUUUGAUGAAUAAUCGGAUUGUUGGUUCUAUACCUGAGUAUCUUUCUGAGUUACCCUUGAUGGUGCUGGACCUUGAUUCUAACAAUUUUAGCGGGGAAAUACCUUCUGGACUGUGGAACUCAUUGACCCUGAUGGAAUUCUCCGCUGCUAAUAACCGUUUGGAGGGUUCUCUUCCUGUGGAGAUUGGGAGGGCAGUUAUGCUGGAGAGGCUUGUACUUAGCAAUAAUCGCUUGACAGGUACCUUACCUAAGGAAAUUGGCAGACUCUCAAAUCUUUCAGUUCUUAAUCUGAAUGGCAAUAUGCUUGAAGGGAGUAUACCAACUGAGCUUGGUGGUUGCACUUCCCUCACGACACUGGACCUUGGAAAUAAUCAGCUGAACGGGUCAAUUCCUGAGAAACUGGUUGAACUGAGCCAAUUGCAGUGCCUCGUUCUUUCUCACAACAAUCUGUCUGGCUCUAUUCCUGCCAAACAGUCUUCAUAUUUUCGACAGUGUAGCAUCCCUGAUUUGAGCUUUGUUCAGCAUCUUGGUGUGUUUGAUCUUUCUCACAAUAGAUUGUCUGGCCCCAUACCCGAUGAACUUGGGAGCUGUGUAGUGGUUGUGGAUCUCUUAGUUAACAACAACAUGCUUUCUGGUAGCAUUCCUAAAUCACUCUCACGCUUGACGAAUCUUACAACUUUGGAUUUGUCUGGCAACUUGUUGUCAGGUUCCAUUCCACCAGAGCUUGGACGUGUCCUCAAGCUCCAGGGUUUGUAUUUGGGACAUAAUCAGCUUUCAGGUACCAUCCCUCAAAGCUUUGGAAACUUGAGUAAUUUGGUUAAGCUGAAUUUGACAGGAAAUAAGUUGUCUGGUCCAAUUCCGGUCAGUUUUGAAAACAUGAAGGGGUUGACUCACUUGGACUUGAGCUCUAAUGAGCUCAGUGGCAAGCUUCCUUCCUCUCUUUCCGGAGUGCAAAGUCUUGUUGGGAUUUACGUGCAAAAUAACAGGCUUUCUGGCCAAGUAGGGGAUCUCUUCUCAAACUCAAUGACAUGGAGAAUUGAGACAGUCAAUUUAAGUGACAAUUGCUUCAAUGGGAACUUGCCACGAUCUUUGGGAAAUCUUUCUUACUUGACAAAUUUGGAUCUUCAUAGAAAUAUGUUGACUGGGGAUAUUCCUUUAGACCUUGGGGAUCUUAUGCAACUGGAAUAUUUUGAUGUUUCAGGUAAUCAGCUAUCUGGAAGGAUUCCAGAUAAGUUAUGCGGCAUAGUUAAUCUGAAUUACCUAGAUUUGUCUCGAAACAAGUUGGAAGGGCCGAUACCAAAUAAUGGCAUUUGCCAGAACUUACCCAGCGUUAGAGUUGCUGGGAACAAAAACCUUUGUGGCCAGAUGUUGGGUAUAAAUUGUCACGAUAAAAGCAUUGGAAGAUCAGUAUUGUAUAAUGCAUGGAGGCUUGCUGCAAUUGCAGUUACAAUUUUACUGCUAACACUAACCAUUGCUUUUGUUCUGCAUAAAUGGAUUACCAGGAGGCCAAAUAAUCCCCAGGAGCGCAAACUAAACAGUUACGUUGAUCACAAUCUUUAUUUCUUGAGCAGCAGCAGAUCAAAGGAGCCAUUAAGUAUCAAUGUUGCAAUGUUUGAGCAGCCUCUUCUGAAAUUAACUUUGGUGGACAUCCUUGAAGCAACUGACAACUUCAGCAAGACAAAUAUAAUUGGAGAUGGAGGUUUUGGAACUGUGUACAAGGCCACUUUACCUAAUGGAAAAACUGUUGCUGUGAAGAAGCUUAGUGAGGCUAAAAUGCAGGGUCAUCGUGAGUUCAUGGCUGAAAUGGAAACCUUGGGCAAGGUGAAGCAUCAAAAUCUGGUUGAAUUGCUGGGAUAUUGCUCAAUCGCAGAUGAGAAACUCCUUGUUUAUGAAUAUAUGAUUAAUGGGAGCUUAGACCUCUGGUUGAGAAAUAGAACUGGAGCACUUGAAAUCCUAGACUGGAACAAACGGUACAAAAUCGCAACUGGUGCAGCUCGAGGACUAGCCUUCCUUCAUCAUGGUUUCAUACCCCACAUCAUUCACAGGGAUGUUAAAGCUAGCAACAUCUUACUCAAUGAAGAUUUUGAGCCAAAGGUUGCAGACUUUGGACUGGCAAGACUGAUCAGUGCCUGUGAGACGCAUGUUACCACUGAUAUUGCUGGAACAUUUGGUUACAUUCCACCUGAGUACGGGCAGAGUGGGAGAUCCACAACAAGAGGAGAUGUCUACAGUUUUGGUGUCAUUUUGCUUGAACUUGUGACUGGGAAAGAGCCAACAGGACCAGAUUUUAAAGAGAUUGAAGGUGGGAACUUGGUUGGAUGGGUUAGUCAGAAGAUCAAGAAGGGACAGGCUGCUGAUGUUCUUGAUCCAACAGUACUUGAUGCUGACUCAAAGCAGAUGAUGCUUCAAAUGUUGCAAAUUGCUUGUGUGUGCAUAUCUGAUAAUCCUGCAAACAGGCCUACCAUGUUUCAAGUGCACAAGUUCUUGAAAGGGAUGAAGGGAGAGUAG